GCCAUGGGGCAUAACGGGAGCUGGGUCUUCCGGAACGCCAGCCAGCCGCGCAACGCGUCGGGCGCGGAGGCGGCGGGCGCCAACCGCAGCGCGCUCGGGGAGUUUGGCGAGGCGCAGCUGUACCGGCACUUCACCACCACCGUGCAGAUCGUUAUCUUCUUCGGCUCGCUGCUCGGAAACUUCACGGUGUUAUGGUCAACUUGCCGCACAACGGUGUUCAAAUCUGUCACCAACAGGUUCAUUAAAAACCUGGCCUGCUCGGGGAUUUGUGCCAACCUGGUCUGUGUGCCCUUCGACAUCGUCCUCAGCACCAGCCCUCACUGCUGCUGGUGGAUCUACACCAUGCUCUUCUGCAAGAUCGUCAAAUUUUUGCACAAAGUCUUCUGUUCCGUGACUAUCCUCAGCUUCCCUGCCAUUGCUUUGGACAGGUACUACUCAGUCCUCUAUCCACUGGAGAGAAAAAUAUCUGAUGCCAAGUCCCGUGAACUGGUGAUGUACAUCUGGGCCCAUGCAGUGGUGGCCAGCAUCCCUGUGUUUGCAGUGACCAAUGUGACUGACAUCUAUGCCAUGUCCACCUGCACUGAAGUCUGGAGCUACUCCUUGGGCCACCUGGUGUAUGUGCUGAUCUACAACAUCACCACGGUCAUCGUGCCCGUGGCUGUGGUGUUCCUCUUCUUGAUACUGAUCCGACGGGCCCUGAGUGCCAGCCAGAAGAAGAAGGUCAUCAUAGCAGCACUGCGGACCCCACAGAACACCAUCUCUAUCCCCUACGCCUCCCAGCGGGAGGCCGAGCUGCACGCCACGCUGCUCUCCAUGGUGGUGGUCUUCAUCUUAUGUAGUGUGCCCUACGCCACCCUGGUCGUCUACCAGACUGUGCUCAAUGUCCCCAACACUUCCAUCUUCUUGCUGCUCACCGCCAUUUGGCUGCCCAAAGUCUCUCUGUUGGCGAAUCCCGUGCUCUUUCUUACCGUGAACAAAUCUGUCCGCAAGUGCUUGAUGGGGACCCUGGUGCAGCUGCACCACCGGUACAGUCGCCGUAAUGUGGUUCAUGCAGGGAGCGGGGUGGCUGACGGCAGCCUGGAGCCCAGCAUGCGCUCAGGCAGCCAGCUCCUGGAGAUGUUCCACAUUGGGCAGCAGCAGAUUUUUCAGCCCACAGAAGAUGAAGAGGAGAGUGAAGCCAAGUACAUUGGCUCAGCUGACCUCCAGGCCAAGGAGAUACUUUCCACCUGCCUGGAGGUAGAGCAGGGGCCACAGCUGGAACCCACUUCGUCACCCCCAGGCUCAGUGGACUCCACAUCCCAGGUGGCACCAGCAGCCCCUGUGGAAGCUGAGACAGUCCCUGACAAGUAUUCCCUACAGUUUGGCUUUGGGCCUUUCGAGUUGCCCCCUCAGUGGCUCUCCGAGACCCGACACAGUAAGAGGCGGCUGCUUCCACCCUUGGGUAACACCCCGGAAGAGCUGAUCCAGACGAAGAUGCCCAAGGUAGGCAGGGUGGAGCGGAGGAUGAGCAGAAACAAUAAAGUGAGCGUUUUCCCCAAGGUGGACUCCUAG